CAAAGCGAUCGUCGCCCCCCGCCCGGCCCCCCGGUCUCUGUCGCCGUCCCUCCUCCCGUGCUCCCUCUUUCCCUCCUCCUCUCCCCCCUCCCCCCUCCCUCCAGUCUCCGGAUCUCCCUCGCUCCCUCUCUCCUCCUCUUCCUCUCCUCUCUCCCGACGCCUGGCUCCUCCGCACCCCCUUCCCCCGGGGCCCCGCGGCUUUGCUCCCUGCCCUCACCCAAGGCGACCAUGGCUACCAUCCCAGACUGGAAGCUACAGCUGCUAGCCCGGCGCCGGCAGGAAGAGGCAUCUGUUCGUGGCCGGGAGAAAGCAGAGCGGGAGCGCCUGUCCCAGAUGCCAGCCUGGAAGCGGGGGCUCCUGGAGCGCCGCAGGGCCAAGCUUGGGCUGUCCCCUGGGGAGCCUAGCCCUGGGCCUGGGACUGCAGAGGCUGGACCUCCAGACCCAGAUGAGUCUGCUGUCCUUCUGGAGGCCAUCGGGCCGGUGCACCAGAACCGAUUCAUCCGGCAGGAGCGGCAGCAGCAGCAGCAGCAACAGCAACAGAGGAGUGACGAGCUGCCCUCCGAAAGAAAGCCUGGGCCUCUUGAGGCCCGGGAGCAGCGACCCAGCCCUGGGGAAAUGCGGGAUCAGAGCCCCAGGGGAAAAGAGUCAAGAGAAGAUAGGCUAAGUCCCAGGGAGACCAGAGAGAGGAGGCUGGGGAUUGGGGGAGCCCAAGAGUCGAGUCUCAGGCCUUUGGAGACUCGGGACUGGAGGCAAAGCCCAGGAGAGGUGGGAGACAGGAGCUCCCGGCUGUCAGAGGCACGGAAAUGGAGGCUGAGCCCUGGAGAAACUCCAGAGCGGAGUCUGAGACUGGCAGAGCCUCGAGAACAAAGCCCCAGGAGAAAAGAGGUGGUGGAAAGUAGACUGAGUCCAGGGGAAUCUGGCAACCAGAAGUUGGGCCUGACAGAGGCUCAUAAAUGGAGGCCUCAUUCUGGUGAGUCUCAGGAACAGAUUUUGGUACAACUGGAGGCAUCAGAGCGGAGGCUGAGCUCAGAAGAAGAAAGAAAAGACUGCUUGGAGGAAUGUGGGAGAAAAGAAGAGAGGCCAAUUCCAGGGAUGGCCCCAGAAGAGAUUACAGGGUUGUCAGAGACCCUGACAAGGGAGGCUCAAAACAACAGCUCCAGAGGAGUGGAGGCAGCAGAACAGAGGCCCAGUCCUGUGGAGGAUGGUGAGAGGGGCUUGAGGAUGACAGAAGGGUGGAAAUGGACCCUGAACUCUGGGAAGCCUCGAGAAUGGACAUCCAGGGACAUAGAGACUCAGAAACCAGAACCUCUAGAGUAUUCUGAGAAGUGUCUGGGGCAUCCUGGUAUAGAGGCUGGAGAAGAGGAGGCCGAGAAGGAGGAGGCAGGGGCUCAGGGCAGGCCUCUGAGAGCCCUGCAGAACCGCUGCUUUGUGCCCUCCCCCCUCCCCCCAGAGGACACUGGGACUGGAGGCUCGAGAGAGCAGGAAGAGGAAGCAGUGGAACUCCGGCCCCCCCCCCCAGCCCCUCUGUCUCCCCCACCCCCAGCCCCGACUGCCCCCCAGCCCCCUGGGGAUCCCCUCAUGAGCCGUCUGUUCUACGGGGUGAAGGCAGGGCCAGGGAUGGGGGCCCCCCGCCGCAGCGGACACACCUUCACAGUCAACCCCCGGCGGUCUGUGUCCCCUGCAACCCCAGCCACUCCGGCCACCCCAGCCACAGCUGAUGCUGCAGUCCCUGGGGCUGGGAAGAAGCGGUACCCAACUGCCGAGGAGAUCUUGGUUCUGGGGGGCUACCUCCGUCUCAGCCGCAGCUGCCUUGUCAAGGGGUCCCCCGAAAGGCACCACAAACAGCUCAAGAUCUCCUUCAGCGAAACAGCCCUGGAGACUACGUACCAAUACCCCUCUGAGAGUUCGGUACUGGAGGAGCUGGGCCCAGAGCCUGAGGCUCCCAGUGCCCCCAACCCUCCGGCGGCCCAACCCGACGACGAAGAAGACGAGGAGGAGCUGCUGCUGCUGCAACCAGAGCUCCAGAGCGGGCUGCGCACCAAGGCCCUUAUCGUGGAUGAGUCCUGCCGGCGGUGACCCUCUUCCAACAUAGGGACAUAUCUCCCUCCUUCCCAGAACUGAAGAUCCUGGAGCCCAGAAGAUUCAGAGCAGACAGACCCUGAAAAUGAGCCUGGCAGGGAAGGGCAACCAACAUCUUCCAACGUGCUUUCCCCAUCCUGUUUCUGGGGGCAGAGCCAAUUGCCCAAGUUCCAUCCUAACCCAAGGUCCUGGUGUGGGUAGGGUCAAAUGUGCUGGUGCAUCCUAGGUGACCCAAGAGUGAGCACCAAGUCCUGGGGAGGAUCACAGAACUCACUGGGGGGUGGAGAUGGAGCCCCCUCCCCAAUUCCAUGGCAGUGUACACGCUUCCCACAGCCUUUCUUGACUCCCCACCACCCCCUGGGGACUCUCAGGAUUUAAUCAUUCAUCUCCCUGGGAGGCCUAGACCCCACUCCAUUUACAGGCAUGUCUCCCUCCUGUUCCUUAGGUCACUGCCCCUUUGUUUACAGCUCCUGCCUCCUCUCUUGACCACAGCCUGGUUUACAAAUCCCACAAGCUCCUGGCCCCACCUGCCGAAGUCCCAGGUUUACAAGCCACACCUACUUGCCAUGUUCACAUGGAAUCCUGUUCCCUGUCCCCUCCAGUCAUCUCAUUGGGAGUGACCUGGGGGUGUGGUUCCCUCCACUUUUGUUCAGUAUUACUGUGCCUCAGUUUUCCCCAAGAGGGAAGGCUGGCAUUCUUAACUCUGUACCCUGUGAUUUAUUUAAUUCUGUUGCUCUUAGUGGUUCACAGUUGAAUUGAAUUGCAGUGGUGUGGGGUAACUAAGGUGGCACCUCACCUCUCCUCCCCCAUUGUUCCUUGUUUAUCAAUGCCUGUUUUGUUUGUUUUUUAACUUUCUGUAAUAAAAUGGUGGUCUCUCCAACUCUC